AUGAACGUAUAUCCAGAAAGUACACCUUCUUCUCCGACUUCUACAACCUCCACCACCACCACUACUACAAGUAGUAGUAGUGAAAUUUCGAAUAAAUUUAAUACCUUAUCAAUAUCUUCAAAGACAAAACCAACAAAACCAACAAUUUCCUUAAAACAGAAAGUUUCUAGUUCAAAAAAGAAAUUUUCUUUAUCACAGCGGAAGAAAACUGAUACUUCAAAGUUAGGUGUUUCACCUUCAGAACAGCAACAGCCGUCACAACGUCCAAUUUCUUUGAGCGCAAGUAAGGCCACUAAACUUCUACAAGAAAACACUACUAUAAAAAGGCCUGCGUCUACAACUGCUUUGCGUUCAAACUCUGUUAGAGCUUCUGCUGCCUCCCUUUUUUCCAAAAAAAAAUUACCUUUAAUCACUGACGACCCACCACCUUCCACUACUCCUACUCUUACCAUAACCACUGAUAUGGUAUCUGAGCCUUCUUCAUCUUGUGAAUCUUCUCCCCAGGCAUCAAGUAAAGCAACUACUCCAACAAUACAAUCAUCUUCAACUACUUCUUUAUCAUCCGAUCAAACUGUUGAUGAUAACCAUUUAGAUAUUACUGCUUUCCUUGCCGCUCCACGUCUAACGCAACGUGUGAGAUUAAGUUCAGGAAGGGUUGUCAGUUUUUCCGAAGUAGGUGAUAGGUCAGGUUUUCCAGUAUUCGUAUUUUUGGGUAUGGGUUGUGUUAGAUAUUUUAUUGCCUUUUUUGAUGAUUUGGCGACAAGUUAUGGUUUGAGAUUGAUAUGUCCUGAUCGUCCUGGUAUUGGACUUUCUGAUGAUGUUAAGUCUGAUGAUCAAGAAGUAUUAAAAUGGCCUGGUAAUUAA